GCGCCGGCCGUGUGCACGUGUAGGCCCGCCCCGCCCCGUUAGGCCUCUUGGCGCGUUUGGGCCUCGCUGCCCGCCCGUCCGCCGGCCGAGCGGAGCGGAGCGGUCCCCUCAGGCGUGUGGCGGGUUCGGGAGCAGCGCGGGGCGGCCCGGGGCCGGGGCCGAGCCCGCGCCGUGUCCGCAGCGCCAUGGCCUCGGCGAUGGGCGACGGGCAUCGCCGCUUCCUGCAGGCGCUGAUGUCGCACGGCAUCGUGGAGGGCUCGGAGGCGAGGCGGCUGCACAGGCUCUGCUGCGAGGUGCACAAAGUCUACUAUGCUCAUGAUAAAUUGGAUGACUUCAUCAACGUUAUAAACACCCAUCUGCAGCCUCUGUUUAUGCAGAUCCGGAAAGGAAUAUCUGAAGAGGACGGGAGAGCCCAUUACGCGCUGGUUAAUCUGGCAGAAACUGAAAUAACUAAAAUGGCAUCUGACUAUGCAGAAAAUGAGUUGGAAUUGUUCAGAAAAACUAUGGAUCUGAUUAUCUGCUCAGAAAAUGGCUUUGCAUCUUCCACAAACAUUCUGAACCUUGUUGACCAACUUAAAACAAAGAAAAUGAAGAAAAAGGAAGCAGAGCAAGUGCUGAAAAACUUGGUGCAGGAUAAGUGGCUUUCUGAGAGAGAAGGGGAGUACACUUUGCACACUCGCUGCAUAAUGGAGAUGGAGCAAUACAUACUUAACAACUACCAAGACAUGGCAAGAAAGUGCAACAUCUGUCACAGCCUUGCCAUUCAGAGUCAAGUGUGUGAAACCUGUGGCAUUGGAAUGCACUUACCUUGUGUUGGAAAAUAUUUCAAAACUCAGACCGAGCCACGCUGUCCCCAGUGCAAUGAUUUCUGGCCUCAUGAAAUUCCAGAGAUAAAUAGGACAGAUUCCCACCUGCCCUCCAGCUCCCCUGGGGAGAGAAGGACAGCCUCAUCCUCAAGAACAAGGCGGCUUUAGAAAGAGCAGCUAUUCAGUUUUAGCAUGAAGACGUCAUUCUGCAAGCGGGAAUGCCUGUGGGACAAAAGCAGCUGCUGCUUUAUAGAUUUUAUUCUGUAAAAAACCUUGCCAGUGUGAAAAUAAAACUUCCACUUUGGCCUCCCUGCUUCACGGUCCAGCUUGGUGCCAGCACCACUGCAGUUAGUGCAGCUCUCUUGUUAAGCACCCGUAGCCACAUGGCUGUUAGUGAGGGCCCUGUGUCUGGGGAAGAGCAGAAGACUGGACUGCUGGAGGCUGAGUUCUCUUAGCCUGAAUGGAGCCGUGUCCAGCCAAGUGGCAUGGACCUGCUGCACCAUGUUCUGUGCAAAUCCCCCAAGCUGGGCUCCACGCUUAUGCUGCGCACACGCUGUAACUGUUUUGAAGUAGGUGAAGUCCAUGCACUUUGUUGGUGAAAUGCUGUCUAUGCCCCUGACAGGACUAGUGCAUCUUACUUGUGAAUUCCAGCCCUUCACUCCCAGCCUCCCUAUUUCCUGCACUCUUUAACUGCUACAAACCUGACAGGUGGCACCAGGUGCACAGCUUGAGGUUUCUCAAGGUUUAGGAACUUGUUUUAAGCCGCUUUUUCUUUUUUAAAUCCCUCAGUGUCCUGAUAGUUUCUGGUUAUAAUAAAUUGCAAGGCAUGCA